CGAGUAUGCGAGCCGUCGGAAAAGCACGAUUUGUAACCUCGAAACAUAAUAUUUUUUUUAUUUUAUUUUCAUUGCUUUUUCCAAGUAGUAAUACCCCGGACUGAAUAUUCCCUGGCUGUUACUGUUGGACUUUUUAAAGCUGGCUGGCCUCACUCUUUCUCUUGAGCUCGAAAUCAACCUUCCAUUAUUUCACCCCUCCUGAAAAAGUUACCGCUCCACGAAAAUAUUCGCACGCAGUGCGCGAUCUCUAUGAGCAUAUUCCCGUAGCUCAACAUUCAUAAAUUGUGUGGCAUAUCGAUCGAAGAAGUUGCCAGGGAGAUGGAGGUCAUUGAAGAAUACGUCAUCCCUACUUUCCACACAAUACGAGAGAAUAUUCCACCAUCCGUGUAUCUCCAGAUUGCUUCCUAUGCCGCUAUCGCCAAUGAGUACUUCCAAUACCUCCGGUUUGUAUAUGCCGAACCAUAUAUCAUCAACCCUAUAAACACCCUGAUCAAUUCGCCCCCGGAUCUCUACUCAAUCCUGAUCCUUUUCUUCAUUCUCGUAAUCUCGCUCAAAGUCCUUGAUUAUGCUCGGCGAGUGAUUACGUUUUGGAUUGUUCUUUUUCUCCGGCUCCUAUUUUGGAGUGCGAUCUUGGGUGGCGGUUAUUAUGUAUAUAAGGUCGGAUGGGGAAAGGCAUCGCAAGAUGCCGCUUGGAUUUUGGGGCUGAUGGAAGGAUUCAUACAGCAGCUGUUGAGUGAAAGUGAUACCUCUACACGAAGCAGAAACGGGCCUGGGUAUAAGAGAACAGGACAGGGACGGAGGCUGAACUCGGGUCAAAGGGGAUAGCCGGAUUAUUGCAAGAGUUUAAUUGGCAUAUUUACAAGCAUGCCAUAAACUGAGGUUUUUCUUGGACUAUUUCAUAUCGAAGUCUAUGGGUGA